AUGUUCAAAAAUUUAUUGAAAAAAAAAGAGAAAGAAGUUAUCCCAGAAAGUGCCUUAAUUAAAAUAUCUGUUCCUAUUGAGAAUUUACCUAAAUCGAUAAUACCCCCAAAGCAAAAAGAUUUAACAGAUAGUCAAAAUGAAAUGUAUUUAAAAGUUUUAAAGCAUUUCAGCAAUCCUUUAUUGGAAAUACCCGACCAAGAAAAAGCCAAAAUUCCUGCAUCAGUUUUAACUGACUGCGAAAAGGCUUGGUUAUCCAAAGAAUGCAUUCUUAGAUAUUUAAGAGCCACUAAGUGGGUACUGAAUGAUGCUAUUGAAAGAAUAACGCUAUCUAUUUCUUGGAGAAGGGAAUUUGGAAUAAGUAAUGUUGGUGAAGAAAAUGGUGAUAAGUUAACUGCAGACCUUGUAGAACAUGAAAAUGAAACUGGGAAACAAGUUAUACUUGGUUACGAGAACAAUGGUCGCCCAUUGCUAUAUUUGAAACCCGGUAGGCAAAAUACUAAAAAUUCGCAUGUUCAAGUUCAACAUUUAGUGUUUAUGCUUGAAAGAGUAAUUAAUUUUAUGCCAGUUGGGCAAGAUUCUUUAGCUUUACUUAUAGAUUUUAAAGAUUAUCCAGACGUUCCAAAAGUACAGGGUAAUAGUAUUAUCCCACCAAUUGGUAUAGGGAAGGAAGUCUUGCAUGUUUUGCAAACUCAUUACCCUGAGAGAUUGGGUAAAGCAUUAGUAACAAAUAUUCCAUGGUUGGCUUGGUCAUUUUUAAAACUAAUUUAUCCUUUCAUUGAUUCAAUGACGAGAGAAAAACUAGUUUUUGAUGAACCAUUUGUUAAAUAUGUUCCCAAAGAGCAAUUAGAUAAAUUGUAUGGCGGCUAUAUUGAUUUUACAUAUAACCAUGAAGAAUAUUGGCCUGCAUUAAUCCGUAUGGCUCAGGAAAAAAGGGAGCAUUAUAUGGCACGAUUCCAGAAAUUUGGAUCCACUGUUGGUUUAAGUGAAAUGGACUUAAGAGGAGUAAAUGAAAAGCAAUUAUACCCAGUACCAAAAUUUUAA